AGAGGAGCAGACGAACGCUUGGAAGCAGACGGCGCAAAGGUGCAUGAGUCACGAACAACGAAUGUGACGCUCUUUUCUGUUCGGCGCUGAUGUACCGACGCGGUGCUGUGGAAGCCCGGAUUUACGUAACUAACCCUGUCAGUGUGAUGAAGUGGUGAGAUGUUGUCCACUGUUGUGUGCUGAUGUGCGGUGUAGGAAUGAGCUACGAGCGUUGUGAGCGCGCCCUCUGUUGGUUCGUCGUGUGCUUGCUGCUGGUGGAGGCCUCGGGCGAGGAUACCGACGCGCUCGAUCCGAAGCUUCCGCCUCCGAGGGACGUGACGAUUGACGCAGUGGCCGAGCACUCAUUCACCCUGCACUGGAAGCGUCCCUUACCGCACCCGGAUAAGAACGUUAGACUGCAGGGAUACCGGCUCUCCUACGCACCAGCUGGACGGGCAGGCAUUGGCGAAGAGAAGGCCAUGAUGCUUCCGCCGGUGAUCCAGUCCAAGCUGGUGACGCAGCUGAAAGAAGGAAUGGAAUACGCAGUUGUGCUGUCCGCCAUUUAUCCCAACAUUCAGGCGGCGUCCGCCCCCAAAUUGAGCGUGCACACGCCGCUUCCCGUCAACGAGCUUCCCGUCGGGGAUGACUCCUAUUUCGAGCAUAAAAUCAAAUGCAACUGUAGCGAAGAAGGCAUGGUGGCCUGCACCCGUUCAGUCCUUCAGGACGUCAUGUGCACCUGCUUCCCAAACUACACGGGCCAGUGGUGCCAACAGUGCGCUCCUGGGUUCUUCCGCAUCGGUAAAUUGUGCACGGCUUGUCCCUGCAGCAACCUGACGUCUACCGGCGAAUGUGACGUCGUCAGCCCCGAAAAUCGCCUCGAAGGCGACACCAAAGAGACUGUUGCGUGUCGCUCGUGCCUGCCCGGCCACCGUGGCCCGUUGUGCCGGACUUGCGCCGCGGGCUACAGCUGGAAGGAGGACCGCUGCCAGCCCAUCAACUGCAGGAGUUUCGCCCUGUGUGCCCAGGAAAAAGACAGCCCGGGCUGCGAAGAUUGUAUUUUCUUCGACAACUCUUUGCCUCCUGUGGCGCAGAAAAGCUCAGAAUUUUUACUGGGUGACGGUGCCAUGCCGCUCAUCGCCGUGCUAGUCACCAUCGGUGUCCUCCUUGUUAUAGCGGGGGCAAUUACGUGCUACCGGUACCGGUUAAAACUCCGGUACCGGUCGCAGUCACCGUUUUGGAGCAUCGAGCUCCGCGAAGACAAGCCACCCUUCGACUGCCAGUACCAGCACUUGGAGACGACGUCGAACUGCGUUACCCAAGUGGACGACGACCAGGUGACGCGGCCAACGUCACCCAAGGAGCCCCCAACGCUCACCACCUUCAAGCCACCACCUGAAACGUAGAACGUUAGUGUUGUUUUUGUGAUGACUCGCGGUGAACCCCUGCCAACUGGCAGUCAAGUGCCCGGUGCUCUAAGCUCUUCAGUGGAUGACGCUGGUCAAAGUUCCGUACCAGGGACGUGUGACAUCUAGUCCCCGCAGGUGUGCUUACUAAUCACAACACGUCACCCGAAGACGGUUUCCUCCAGAAAGAAUAUGCAGUCUCUCGGAUAUCUCUGGAGGAUGUACUUUCCACGAAGAUCUCAUUGUAUUUCCCUCAAGACUUAUGUUCGUGAAGGACAGCCAUCAUACAUUGCGAGUGUUGCUUCGUGGACUGCCUUCGCAGCCACAGCGCAACAUCUCCGAGAAGGUGCAGCAACGUACGAAGUUUUGCGACCAAAAUCGUUGUGUUAUGAUCGAGUUAUGAUUGUGUUAUGAUGAGAUGAUGUGUGAUGACAGAGAGUGCGAUCAACUAUGUUGAUGUGACAUGGUGCUGGAAGAGUAUGUCGUUCCGGGACUGGGUGGGUAGAAACGAGGGGCGUAGCAUGGAGUUCUAGGCCUGAAGAGUGGUUGCCGUGGACAUAACACCAAACACGACCCCACAGGCUAAGACAUAGGAGACAGCACUUGGACACUUCACAUAUUCUACCAUCGCUGAUGCAACAGUUGAAAUAUUCAGCACCAUUCAGCAGAAGGUGAAAUGUAAUUACUGGUGGCAACUGAUAUUGGCAGUAUCCAUUGCCAUACCAGAGAACUCGUAUUAUCCUCAUUUUAGUUUGGGGUAAAAGAAGCAGUUGGUGCUUCGAAAAGAUA